AUGAACUACGGCGAAGUACCGCCAUGCUGGCAUACUAGAAUUCUGCUGGCAAGGGUGACGGACAACAGCUGGGUGAUAUUGACACCAGAUUACGACAUAUAUGCUGAGGAACUUAGCAUCCACAACCCGGACCUUAUCGAUUUCGAAUACCUGGGGUCAAAUGCCAAUCCUCCUGCUAGAAUUCCGCUGGCACAGGUCUAUGGGUUCCAGCCAAUGGAUCCGGCUGCACUGGCGAAUUUCAUGAGGCAAGGUAGCAUUGAGGCAAACGCCAUUCGGGCUUUGAGAGGUAUCCCGAAUGGCCCUGUGGUUCCAGUACCUCCCGCACCAGCUGCUCCGGUCGCCCCUCCUCCAUCAGGUGUCUUGGCUCCUCAACCUCCAGCAGCGGUGGCUGCACCGGCGGCUCCCGCUGGGGCUGCGGCGGCAGUUGCUGGAGGGAAGUGCUGGGUUUGUGUGGAGGAUGCGGGUGGUCGAAAAAAGGGGGACAUUGUGGUCCAUGAUCCUGGGGCAUUACCGGCGGGCAGUUCGCAGCUGGGUGACAAAGCGUUGGUUCCGGCGUUGGAUGGAUCAGGGUCGGCAUGCUAUGUCAAACAUGUUCCAGUGUCAGAGGCCCCGAAUUACCGCCUUGAUGAUUUGAGGAUUCUUCCAGUCCAUUUUGAUGCACAAGGGAUCCGUCGCAGGGAGUUCUCACAGGCCGUGUCCAUGAUGGUGGACGGUGUGCCAUUGGGUGGUGGCCUGCAAUUGGAAGGGCCUACCAGUGGGCUUAAUGUUUUGAAAUCUUUGAGGGAUCAAAGCAUGACGCCAACUUCCUUCCAUGAAUUCUGGUUGAGAUCAGCUGACAUUCCUAAAGGGGAUCGCAGUACCUAUGAGCAUGAAUGCUUGUCCAGAAUCCUUGAAAGCCUUGUGACUAUUGACCAGUUGAACAUCGUGGCCCUACAGGGGGCUGAGUUGAUUUGCAGGAGGCUGCAGGUCAUUCGGGAGGCUCACAGGGUGUCUCCGACCAGUCCUGAUUAUACGGCUGCUGAUUACUAUAUGGGUUGGAAAUAUCGUAGAGGGGCCCAUGGUGUUGACAGUGACCUCACUCAAUACGUUGCUGGAGAGAUGCGAAACGAUGCCGCAGUGAUGAAAGAGGCCAGGAAGGCGAAGGAGGAAGCCCAGUUGCGCCGCCAGAACCCAAAGAAAGGGGGAGGCGGUCUCUCGGUCUCUUCUCGAAGGAGGAGGGCUCGGGUGCGUGACAAGGUGCGGAAGAUCAAUUCAAUUGUUGACAGCCUCAAUGAGAUGUAUGUGCCCGAUCAGGUGCAUGUUGAUUUGGACGUCACUGAGGAGCUUCUGCGUACCACGGUCAGCUAUGAGCAGGCUGACUGCAUGAACACGGUUAGACCUUACGACCGAGACCUUGUAUCCCUUCCUGAAGUUGGGGCGGCACCAGUUGCUUUGGCUCAGGUUUUGGAUGCUACUGGCCGAGAAUUUGUCGAAGAUCCUGCCACUUUUAUGUUGCUGGAUGAUGAGGAUUUGUAUGACAAGGGGAUGCUGUCUUUCACGCACAGACCUCAGGAAAUAGUGUCCAUCCCCGAGGACAGCACUCUUUAUUUGGCGCAGUCUGAUAUCAAAGAUUAUUUUUACUCAUUGGCGUUACCCACUGAGCUGCAGCCUUUGUUCUGUCUGCCGGCGAUUGACUGCCGGCUUGUUCAGGACUGGGGGAAGCCAGAACUUUGUGGUCUGGUUGGUGAUGCUGAAGGCUGGGUGUUUCCUAUGUUGCAAGUUGUUCCAAUGGGCUGGUCAUGGGCGAUGUGGCUGUCUCAGCGAGUUCAUCAACACUUGUGCUUGGAGGCGUCUGGUUUGGAUGUGAGUAGAAUAGUGGUUGAAGGCAGGGCUGCACCAGAUUUGUCCGAUGGGGAAGUCAUACUGAUCCCUUAUGCCGAUAAUCUCAACGUGGCAGGUCUUGAUCCUCUUCGAGUUCAAGAGAUUAAGAAUGUCAUCGUUGAGAAACUCAGGCGGACGGGUUUUAGAGUGCAUGAAGAACUUGAGGCAUGCGAGGUUGGACAGAGUUUGGGUUUCCGAAUUGAUGGAAGGCAUGGAGUGGUGUCUCCGAUUCCUGAACGACUUCAACGCGUCAAGCUGGCUCUGAAGUGGCUGUCCAGGCAGCCAAGGGUUAGGGGGCGUGAAGUUGAACGGUUGUUGGGACAUUGCAUUCAUUUCAUGUUGCUCCGCAGAGAGUUUCUCAGCAUUUUUCGGGGGCUCUACGACUUUAUUCAGCAGUCCUAUGAUCGUCGGCAGGUUCUUUUUGCAGCAGCGGCAAAAGAGGCCAGAUGGGCUUCCCACCUUUUAGACCUUUGCACAUGUGAUUUGAAACGAUCGUGGAGCACUGUCGUCACAGCAUCGGAUGCAUCACUGUCAGGCAUAGCAGUUUGCAGAUCAGUGAUGUCUCCGGAGAGCGUGGGGCGAAUUGGAUCCCAGCGUGAGCCGUGGCGAUACAGGUAUAAAAACAGGCCAGCUCCUCGGGCGCACGCCCUGGAUGCAGAAGCUGUGGACAGGUUGGAUCCUUUUUCAGAUACACGUACUGUUUUGCCUAGCUCUGUUUAUCGUGAAGAUCCUUUUGAAUUAAAUGAGGAGUUUCAAGAGGUGCCCAUGGAUCUUUUGGAUGUGGAAAAGUGGCAUGAGGCUUUUGCAGUUCACAUGAGACAUCCUGAACAUAUCACUUUGCUUGAGGGUCGUGGGGUUGUGGCGUCUUUCAGACAUAAAUUCAGAUCAGUCAGUGAGUUUGGCAAGAAGCAUCUACAUUUGAAUGACAACAUGGCGGUCGUUUUGAUGUGCUCAAAGGGUCGUUCCGGAGCCUUUCCCAUGUUGAGGAGCAUGCUGCUGGCAGAUCCCAGGGUGAGGAGAGGCUCAAAAAGAUCUAUGAGAGAUGCUACCCUGGCCGGUCCCAAGAAUCAGGAGUUGAGGAUUUUAGAACAGGUCAGGCCAGUUGGGCGAGUCCGAAAUUCCAAGCUGAAACACGUGGCGUUGAAGAGCCCAAAGGAGAAGGCCGAGAGGCGGGCGCUACAAGUUCAGCAGAGGACAGACCCAGUCAGGUUUGUGGGUCAGACCAACCUGGAGAGAUUAGCAGUAUCACUUCCAGUUGCCCAGGACUAUGCCAGAAGGAUAGCAGAUUUCCGAAAUUUUGUCAAGAUACAAAAACUCAAGUUGAAACCAAUCAUGAAGUUCGACGAGGCUUGUUGCUUGUUUCUAAACAGUAUGUUCGACCAGGGUCUGGACCUUCACGAAGGCACAAAGCUUUGGGCUGCAGUUAUGGACGCGUUCCCAGAUUAUGGCCACAAGAAUGCCCUGCCCAGGUCAAAACGUGCCCUCCAAGGAUGGCAAAAGGCGGAUCCGCCUCGCACGAGGCCUCCAAUUCCUUGGCUGCUGGUGGCGGCCAUGGUCAUGAAGAUGGUGUCCGCUCGACAGCAGAAUGCUGCACUGGCAGUCUUGACGAUGUUCACGGCUUACUUGCGGCCCAGCGAGUGUCUGAAUCUUCAAAAAAGAGACCUGGUGAGACCAAUUCCUGGGCACCAUCACCAUGCUAUCCAUCUGCAUCCCUCAGAAAGACAAGAAGUUUCCAAAGUAGGGCUGUCAGACGAGAGCAUACUACUGGACUCAAGCGUGAUGCCAUGGUUGGGGACAGCACUCGAGCAUCUGAACUCCCCGGAUCACUUUCUGCUAGAUCUUCAGUACAGCCAUCUGGUGUUGCAUUGGAAGAGGGCAUUGACAAGCUUAGGCCUUCCUCCAGAUCAUUGUGUGUUGUAUCAGCUGAGGCAUGCGGGUCCAUCACACGAUCGACUGCAUCACCUGAGAUCGGCUCUGGAGGUCAAGCAGAGGGGCCGGUGGGCAUCAGAUUCAUCGACCAGACGAUACGAGGCACACGGCAGGGUGAAUCAAGAGUUUUACAUUCUGCCAAAAGCGGUUCAAGAAACAUGCAUUGCCUUAGAGAAGAAACUUCAAACGGUGGGCCUAAAUCGAGCUCGACGCGAUGAUGGAGGACCAGCACCUCUACGUGAUGACUGUGAUAAUCUGAUGGGUUUUCCACAUUUACAUUAUCGGGAUUCUGAGAAGGUUCCCACAGGGAGUGAAUUCACCUUGGAUGGACGGCGAACGGUGAUUGUUCUGCCGAACGAGGAGGAAGUGUUGGAAACCAUCGCAGAAGAAACGGCGACUUUGGCAUGUACGGCUAUCGAGGAGAAGGGCGCCUUCUCCUUGUGCGUUCCUGGAAGUUUUGGGCCCAAGGAUGGUAAGGACUUCGAAGGCGCCAAGCUGAUCGCCAAGUCCUUGCAGAUCUUGAGCCAGGAAGACUUGCAGUUCGACAAGUGGCACGUGUUCUUCGCGGGCGACCGUUUGGAUAGCCAGGAGUCCUUCCUCUUGGCCAAAGAAUGGAUCGACAGCAGCAAGAUCCCCGGCUCGCAGGUGCACCCCAUCCCUCAGCUUCCGGGGGCUGCGGAGGGAGCGGCCGCGCAGUACACGGCUGAGAUCUGCAUGCAGGAUGAGAGCGUCUUGAUGGACAGCGAGGAGGGCCUGCCCGCCCUGGACCUCCUGCUGUUGGACAUGGCAGCGGAUGGGACCGUGGGACGCCUACGGCCCGACUCGUCUGAAGUGAAAGAGCUGGGCAGUGGCAAGUUGAUCCUACCCAUCGAAGAAGCCGGCGCAGAGGCGGCCGUUGCGGCGCCGGACUUCAUGAACGCAGCGCGAUGUGCUGUGCUGGUCGCCACCGGCGCAGCGAGCGCCGCGACGGUCGCCACGGCCCUGGCCGAGCCGAGUCCGUCCUGCCCGGCAAGCCUCCUACGGCCCCAGCGUUUGACCUGGUUGCUGGACGCUGAAAGCGCAGCAUCCGUGUGACACGGUGUUGAGAACACCGAGAACCUCAAAGUUUUCUCGCUGAAAUUGCAAGUUGUUCACAGUUUUGUGGCUGUUUAAAAGCUGUUAAAAG